AUGGUGAUUGAGGAUGUCGAUAUAUCACCGGCAAGAGCGGCGGAUGUGGUCACGGAGACGGUUGCGAGCAAAGCGGAGCAGGCGGCAGGGCUGGGAAUUCUGCUGCAGAUCAUGAUGCUGGUGCUGGCCUUCGUGCUUGGCCAUGUCCUCCGCCGCAAGAAGAUUUACGUGGUUCCGGAGGCCAGCGCCUCCCUCCUCAUCGGCUUGCUUGUCGGCGUCCUCGCCAACAUCUCCCACACUCAGACCAGCAUCAUAGCCUGGUUCAAUUUCCACGAGGAAUUCUUCUUCCUCUUCUUGCUUCCUCCCAUAAUAUUUCAGUCUGGUUUCAGCCUCGCACCCCAACCUUUCUUCUCUAAUUUUGGAGCCAUUAUCACCUUUGCUAUAUUCGGUACCUUUCUAGCUUCUGUUGUAACUGGUGUCCUUGUUUUCCUUGGUGGAUUUAUACACCUCGUGUACGGACUACCUUUCGUUGAGUGCCUAAUGUUUGGUGCUCUUAUCUCUGCAACUGAUCCAGUUACCGUUCUCUCCAUAUUUCAGGAGCUUGGCACUGAUGUCAAUUUGUAUGCCCUGGUUUUUGGAGAGUCUGUUCUGAAUGAUGCUAUGGCUAUUUCAUUGUACAGAACAAUGUCACUGGUUAAAACUCAUCCAUCUGGACAGAACUUAUUCAUGGUGGUUGUUAGAUUCUUGGAGACUUUUGUUGGGUCGAUGUCUGCUGGUGGUGUAGUUGGAUUCAUAUCUGCUUUACUGUUUAAGUAUGCAGGAUUGAGUAUUGACAGCCUUCAGAACUUGGAGAGCUGUCUUUUUGUACUUUUCCCAUAUUUCUCGUACAUGCUUGCAGAAGGUCUUGGCUUGUCUGGUAUUGUAUCAAUAUUGUUCACGGGAAUGGUCAUGAAGCACUACACGUAUUCAAACUUGUCUAGAAGUUCUCAGAGAUUUGUCUCUUCUUUCUUCGAGUUAAUAUCAUCAUUAGCAGAGACAUUUGUAUUUAUAUACAUGGGGAUUGAUAUUGCCAUGGAGAAACAUAGCUGGUCACAUGUUGGAUUUAUUUGCUUCUCAGUUAUAUCCAUUGGAAUUGCAAGGUAUUUGAGCUCCAGUUGCUAUCAUCAUAAGCUACUAAUAACAGAGACAUUACACCAGAAAGCACUAUGGUAUAGUGGACUUCGAGGAGCAAUGGCCUUUGCCCUUGCUCUACAAUCAGUUCAUGAUCUUCCUGAAGGACAUGGGCAGACCAUAUUCACUGCAACUACAGCAAUUGUCAUGUUGACGGUAUUGCUGAUUGGUGGUUCAACAGGUACCAUGCUGGAAGCUUUAGAAGUUGUAGGUGGUGAAAUUAAUAGCAAGGAGAGCCCUUUGCCUUCAGUUGAGAUCACAAAGUUUGAGGAAAGCAAUGGCAGCUAUGUUUCUCCUCAGAAGGAAGAAUUAUCACCAGGGAGCAAAAUCAAGUUGAAGCUUCGAGAAUUAAACAGUGCUGCAUCUUUUAAAGCAUUAGAUAAGAACUACCUCACCCCAUUCUUUACAAGUCAAAACGAAGAUGAUGAAGAAGAAGAAGUGGUUGAGCUUCUGGCUUCUAGAAGUGCGGGAUUCCAUGAUCCCCAGCAAGAACAUUAUUCUCCGUGAAACUUAAGGGAACUACACGGACAUGGUCAAUGCUAUUUGAUGUUGAAUCAUGCAAUCUGUAGAGAGCUUGAUCGAUGGGAUUUGAUUGUCACAGCUCAGUGAAGGAUCAUAGGAAGUUGUAGGGUUUGUCCCGUUAGGUUGGAAGCUAAUGAUCGUAUGUCUAUGAUCUGAUCUGUCGUGAAGCUUGGAUUUCAUAAACACAAUCUAACCACACACGCAUGCUUAACUCAUCAUGACUUCAAUGCAGCAAGUUAGUGGAACAUUAGUAUCUGAUCUUUAUAUAUUGAAUAUUACAUCUUUUUUUUACGUUAUUAUUUUGCAGUUUAGGAUAAAAAUGUUAUAUACAACGAACAUGCAUG